CAAUCCCAUCUGACAAACCACAUCAGCUCUCUGAUUUACCACUGAGAAGGAUGGCAAAGCUGGCUAUGUGCGUCUCUGCUGUGCUGCUGCUGCUGUUAGCGCUCCGUGCGACUGCGUACCGCGGACCUUGCUGCACAAAAAAUUUUGACAAUCCAAUUGCAUUAAUACGUCUGAAGAGUUUCACAGUUCAAAACAACACAGAGAUCUGCAACAUCAAGUCAAUAAUUUUCUUCACUGUGAAAGACAAACUUGUCUGUACCAAUCCUGAGUUGCCUUGGGUCAUCAGGGCCAUGAAGUAUCUGAAAAAGAAACAACAAAAAGAAUCAGUGGAGGGUCCUCUGGGAAGUUCAGCUUAAAAGAUAUCAAUCUUGUUACUCAGAGUAUUUUUUGUUUGAAUUACAUUCAUAUAAUUAUAUAUUUGUUUUCACUUUUGUACUCAUUUAUAUUCAAUAAAGUUUACAUUUUGCUAAA